AUGAAGAUGUUAUUGAGAGGUCUUAAGGUGUGGGAGGUAGUCGAGAGAGAAUCGACCGAAGGUGAUAAGAAUGAUAUGGCGACAGUUCUUCUUUUCCAAUCGAUUCCGGAGACUAUGAUCCUACAAGUUGGGAAACUUGAUACCGCAAAGAAGGUGUGGGAUGCGAUCAAGACCCGUCAUGUAGGAGCCGAUAGAGUUCGAGAGGCGAGGCUACAAACCCUCAUAACUGAGUUCGAUCGGCUAAAAAUGAAAGAAACCGAUAAAAUUGAUGACUUCGUGGGCAAGUUAUCAAAGAUUUCAUCAAAAUCUACCGCGCUAGGAGAAAGUAUGAACGAGGCGAAACUUGUUAAGAAGUUUCUACAAGGACUACCACGCAAGAAGUUCAUUCACAUAGUUGCCUCUCUCGAGCAACUACUAGACUUGAAUACCGCAAACUUCGAAGAUGUCGUAGGUCGCUUGAAAGCAUACGAGGAGCGUAUAGCUGCGGAAGAAGAAGAAGAAACACAAGAUGAUCAGAGUAAGCUUAUGUACAGCAACUCUGAACCACAACAUCGAGACGGAGGAUAUAGAGGACGUGGUCGAGGAGGCCGGUACUAUAAUAGAGGAAGGAAGAUCAUCAUAUUGGGAAAGUAG